CGCCCGCCGCCACCGCCACGCCACCACUCAUCCACGCCCGUACGCCCACGCUGUCACUGUCACUUUAUCAUUUCCACACCCAUUUGUCCAUCUCACGCCCACUGUUCCGUCACAACCACCAGUUUUGCUCCAUCUUCAUCCAGUCCAUCUGUCACUCGUGAAUUUUGUAGUUCGUUCUUAGCAACCACGCCCCCCUCGUCCACACCGCGCCUGUACGCCCACGCUGCCACUGUCACUUUAUCAUUUCCACACCCAUUUGUCCAUCUCACGCCCACUGUUCCGUCACAACCACCAGUUUUGCUCCACCUUCAUCCAGUCCAUCUGUCACUCGUGAAUUUUGUAGUUCGUUCUUAGCAACCACGCCCCCCUCGUCCACACCGCGCCUGUACGCCCACGCUGCCACUGUCACUUCAUCAUUUCCACGCCCAUUUGUCCAUCUCACGCCCACGGUUACGCCACAAUCACCAGCUUUACUCCACCUUCAUCAGUUUGCCCGUCACUCGUGGAUUUUGUACUAGUAAGCAACACGCCUCCCCGCCCACUCCGCGUCUGUACCUCCACGCUGCCACCGCCGCACUGCCACCACCACCGUCUUGCCACCCACACCACACCACGCCCAUUAACAAACCACCGCAAUGUCUGAGGAUGACUCGAGAGGCGUUGAGGAAGUGACGGUGAAGGAGGAGGAGGUGGACACAGAUUCCGGGGAGAAGACAGAGAAGGAGGAGGAGCCAGUCAAGGAUGAGGAGGCACAAGAGGAAGAUAAAUCCGAGGAGCCACAGCCACCGAAGAAGAGGGGCAGGAAGCCAGGGUCAGGUGCCUCGCCCGCUAAAAAGGUCAAGAAGGAGAAGGAGAAAGGAGCAGAGGGAGGCACCAAGAGGAAGCGUAAGCCAGUCAAGAAACAUCCUAAGACAAUGGACAUGAUUGUGGAGGCAAUCGACAGACUGGGAGAGAAGCGAGGCUCCUCCGUCCAGGCCAUCAAGGCGUACAUUGCACAGAAUUUCAAGACAGUGCGAAUGGACAUGAUCAAGUCAAUGCUGCGUCGCUCCCUCACCAUGGGCCUCCAGCAGGGCAUUGUGGCAAGACCCAAGGCACAGGCUGACACUCAGGUGAUGAGUGGCAGAUACCUUCUCGGCAAGGCAGCCAAGAUGGAGGAUGAGGACGAGGUGAUGCCGCAGCAGUCCAAGCGUGCACAGGAAGCAAAGAAAUCUGCAAAGAAGCUCAAGAAAAAGGCAGGAAGCAAGCCCAAGAAAUCCCCCAAGAAGCCUGUGGCCCGCAAGGUGUCCCAGGCCAAGGCUAAGCGGCCCAUCAAGAAGGCUCGGCGUGGCAGGAAGUGAAGGGGCGGUCUGGGCCAAGGGUGGGGAUUUAAGGGGAGAAAUUGUAGUUAGAGAGAUUUAUUCUAUUUUAUGGUUGAUUUUUAUAUUUUCAUUGAUGUUGGAGCUCAUUAUAUCAUCGCCCAUUAUGCAGCAGCAGCAGCAGCUUGGCAUCGUACCUCACCAGGACUUGCCACCACACAUGCCACACACAAACUCUAGAGUAGUCUGUACAGUUCACUUCCUGAGUUGUGUGCACCUGCAGGUUGUCUCUCUUCACUUGAAUUUUAAAGUGCAGCUAUUACUUGGAAGGUUGGCAAAAUACAACUCAGGAAUGAAGUGUAGAGACAAGAUUCUAGACUGGUCUCGUGGAGGUCCACUUCAGAAACACCGGCAUCAAGCGCUUUAUUGCUACAGCUUUCAGUUGUGAUAUUAUAGCCAAAUUCAUAUUCAUCAUAGAUACACAAUUCUUUUCACAAAAUAAAACUUUUUUGUUA